CGCCGCAGCGACCCCACGAAGGCCACGAACUACCACGAUGAUAGAAGCCGAUAUCGUCAGACUGUCGUCGAUACCAUGGGCCGCCAAUCUCAUCAACGACAAGCGCUGGACGCCUACGCCGAGCUCUAAUCAAAUUCCAAAGCCCACGGGCGAGGAUUCGUUCUUCGCAGAGACGCUUGACACCGGUCGCACGAUACGAACGAUGUUGACGCUGAGACCAACCAAAGAAGAGGAGGGUGAUCUGGCAUACAAAGAGCUGUUGGUCAUUCUGGAUUUGGGCGACGGCCUCAAUGGUUACGCACAGGUUCUGCACGGGGGCUUUGCGGCUACACUCUUAGAUGAAACCUGCGGAGGCCUUAUCCAGUUGAAUGUCUUUGAGAAAGCGAAGAGGCUGGGCCCUCAGCAUGUCGUGAAUUACCUCACAGCCUAUCUGAAGACGAUUUAUAAGAAGCCAGUACCAGUUCCUGGUCCCGUUUUGUGUACCGCAAAGAUAGAGCGACAAGACGGCAGGAAGCUAUAUGUACGUGCGACGAUCGAGGACGGCGCAGGAACUGUGUACACCACCGGAGAGUGCAUGUUCAUCCAAGUCAAGCCGAAGCUAUAAAAGGCGUUCUUGGCCCGGGUUCGAGUGAUACUUCUCAAGCAGCCAAUGUGGGCAUACCUGGCUGUACUGUCUCGGACAUCACCUCCGGACACAAAGGCAUUAGACAUCCCGUGGGACCGCAUAUCACAUGUGCGUAGAAGGCACAAGUCUUGACGGCAGGUGCUCCGAGGGAGGAAGAUCUGCUCGGCAGAUCAAACUAUGGGCGAGACCUCGCUACCUCGGAGCUCAUAACGGCUUGGAAGACUGCAGCAUGACUGGCUGCAGCGAUAUGUUGCUGACUGGUGGUUGGUUGCGAUAUCAUCUUCAGGGCGUUCUGCUGUGGCGAUCCUUGCGCCUGAUACUGGAGUGCAUUCUGAGAAGGUCUACGGAGUUUGCAAGCUCUAUCCUCAUAGCAGGAACAUUCGCAAUGAUUGGUUGGGAUGGAGCUAAAGGUAAAUGUGUCGAGCACAUGACUGGUCAAAACCUAAG